AGUUGAUACUUGUUGAGCCGUCGCGCGAUCACCACUAUCCGUUCUUCCACUCCUCUGGACUCCUUCAAGUUCCUCGGUGGCCCGACUCCCGGCCCGGAUCCCUGUGUCCCCAGUGUUGUGUUUUGAGAAACGGCCACGCCGGCCGGGCCGCGCUGAGUGAAGUGGAGGUGUCGCUUCCUGAUUUCGAGAAGAAGCAGGGCAGAGGAGUAGCAGGAAGGAUAGGAUGGGGCAGAAGAAGAUCGAGAUAGAGGAGAAAUGGCACCACCCGCCGACUUCCAUCUACGAGGACAACUACGGCUACCUGGCCAACUACUACCAACCGAUGCUGGACUACAUGGACGCCCGCGACCGGGGCGCCCCCCGCGGCGAGUACCCGCACCUCCCGUGGACGAACGAGCGCGGUCGGGACCAAUACCGGCCGUCGAACAAGAUCCAAAAAUACCCGACGGCCGAGCUCAACGCCCUGGCGGUGGAGGCCGAGCGCGCGGCUCAGCGGAACCUCAAACACGUCCCGGUCGGCAUCAAGAGCUCCGACUUCGCCAAAAUCAAAACCGUCCAGGCGUCGCGCCUCUCCGAGCACAUCCGACUCGCCUCCGUCGACAAGGAGAUCAAAGACUCCCUCGCCCGAAGGUCCUUACGCACCCGCGCCAACUCCGAGUCCAGAAUGGCCGACUACGAGCUCUCGGUUCCCCUCUCCUCCCUGGCCCGCAAGCCCCAGAUCCUCCACAACGUCUCCAAGAUCAAGUCCAUCGCCAGCAUCAAGAACCAGUUCCUCUUCGAGACCAACCGGAACCUCAAUAAGGACAACGUCGACAUCAAAGUCGGCGACUACUGGGGCCGCCAGGGCUACUACGCCGACGAGGCCAUCAAGUACCACGGCACCGUCCAGGACAAGCGGUUAGGGUUCACGUCGCAGAACUACGUCACCGACGACGUCAAGUACGUGCGCCCUAUCCAGUCGCUCCAGAGGGAGCUCACCGGCUUCGAGAACAAGGCCACGCACCUCUUCGACGAGAAUAGGAGGUUUCACAGAGUCUGGUGAGGGGAGGUCGUCUUCUUCACAAAAUGGAACUAUCUCUUCCUGCUUCGGCCGUUAAACCGAUGCGAAUGGUCCGCCAAAAA